AUUUCAUUGAGUGAUCUUAUUCUCCACAGGUUGAGCCCCAGCUUUACUCUGUCCAUCAUUAUGGAGAUUUAUGAGAUUUGCUCUCCUCAGUAUGUGUCCAGUCUGAUGAGUUCAGCAGGAAAUGACAUCAACCUGAGCGGCAGAGUGUUGGACUCUGUUCACUGCGCUGCCCUGCGCUUCACUCUCGAGAACUGCAACACUGUUAAACUCAAUCUGCUCUGGACCUCCAUACCAGAGGAGGAGCUGGAGAGCUUUCUGCCUUUGCUCAGCAGAGUCACACCACUCAGUGUUGACAGGCGGCUGCUGCUGAAGCUGCUUCAUCGCUGCAGUUCCUCUGAUCUCCAGCAGGAAACAGCAUCUGUUCUGCUCUCUGCUCUUCACAACACACUGGACUUCUCCUGCGACUCGGCUCUGGAUUUAACAGACACACUGGAAAAUCAACAACAUUUGAUACUUACUGAUGAAGACUGUAAAAUAAUCUCAUCUGUGCUUCAGAAAACCCAAAGUGUUGUGAAGUUGGUUUUACAGGACUGUAAGAUCUCUGAUACGGCCCUGAAACAACUUUGGCCAAUCCUGCCUCGAGUCCAGCUGAGUUGCAGUAAAGCUUUGCUGCUGCAGUUUCUGGCUUGUAUCAGUAAAGAUGGAACUGAGAGAGGCUCUUCGAGGAGGACUGAGGCUCUUUCACAGGCCUUGGGAGGAGAGAUGGACCUCAGUCACACUCAGAUGGACCAGAGCGCUUGUGAACAGCUGGCGCUGUUUCUGGAAUAUUCUGAAGGGCUGAAAGAACUGGAUCUCAGUCACUGCAAACUCACGGAUCACUGCAUGAAGCCGCUGAUGCCACAUCUGCACAAAACUCAGACUCUGGAUGUGAGUCACAAUAAUAUCACAGAUGAAUCAGCAGAGAGAAUCCACAGCGUCGUCUCCAGUCACAGCAAUAUCCAGACUGUGCGGCUGUUCGGAAACAAAGUCAGUGACAGAAAGCAGUUCAUCGGAGACAAGCGAUUUGAAAUAUGGUGAAGAUCCUGGACCGUAAACCUGAUGAUUCAUUAUUAAGAGGAUUUGUAAAUGACUCGGUUCAUGAUAAAACAAAGUGACAAUCACUUUGCAAAGCAUGAAACAUCUGUGUCAUAUAUUUUUACGAUUAUUU